CCUCUCUCAAUCAACACUACUCACAAUGCUUCUCCAUUUCUCUCCGGCGAAACCCCUUAUUUCUCCACACAAUCUCCGCCGCAAUUCACCCGCAUUCCUCGUCUCUCCGCCGCGAUCCCUUCGAAUUCGAGCAAUCGACGCAGCUCAAAUCUUCGAUUACGAAACCCAGCUCAAAUCCGAGUACCGUAAAUCCUCUGCUCUCAAAAUCGCCGUCUUGGGUUUCGGCAAUUUCGGUCAAUUCCUCUCCAAAACCCUAAUUCGACACGGCCACGAGCUCAUCACUCACUCUCGCUCCGAUUACUCCGACGCUGCUUCAUCAAUCGGAGCUCGUUUCUUCGAUAACCCUCACGAUCUGUGUGAACAACAUCCCGACGUUGUCCUCCUCUGUACUUCAAUCCUCUCCACAGAAUCAGUCCUCAGAUCCUUCCCCUUCCAACGUCUCCGUCGUAGCACACUCUUCGUCGAUGUUCUCUCCGUUAAGGAAUUCCCAAAAGCCCUCUUCCUCAAAUACCUCCCCAAAGAGUUCGACAUUCUCUGCACUCAUCCAAUGUUUGGACCCGAGAGUGGUAAGCAUUCUUGGUCUGGCUUACCCUUUGUCUAUGAUAAGGUGAGAAUCGGGGACACAGCUUCAAGACACGAGAGGUGUGAGAAGUUUCUAAGAGUUUUUGAGAAUGAAGGUUGCAAGAUGGUUGAAAUGAGCUGUGAGAAGCAUGAUUAUUACGCAGCUGGGUCGCAAUUCGUGACGCAUACUAUGGGAAGGGUUUUGGAGAAAUACGGAGUUGAGUCUUCUCCGAUUAACACUAAAGGUUAUGAGACGUUGUUGGAUUUGGUGGAGAACACAUCGAGUGAUAGCUUUGAGCUUUUCUACGGUUUGUUUAUGUAUAACCCGAAUGCUCUUGAAGAGUUAGAGAGAUUGGAUAUGGCUUUUGAAUCUGUCAAGAAGGAGUUGUUUGGGAGAUUACAUCAGCAAUACAGGAAGCAAAUGUUUGGUGGGGAGGUUCAAUCGUCUAAGAAAACUGAGCAGAAAUUGCUUAACGAUGGUGUUGUUGUUUCGAUGAAAGAUACAUCAUCAUCAUCUUGAGAUCACAAGUUUGUAGGGUUUGAUUGGAUUAUGUUAGAUUCUAAAUAAAAAAGGUUAUGUCUAUUUGGAAAUCCUCAGUGAAAAAUAAAAAAGAGAUUUUGGUGUGUUCAUAUUUUGGCUGGUAAUUUUCAAACUGUAAUGUAUUAAUGAACUUAUCGAUUUUGA